GUCGAUAGCAACCUCUCGGAAGGGAACAGACGGAAGAAACUGUGUGUCGUGAUAUUGGUGGAUGGCUAAUUAUAUUUGUACCGAACUUCACGUCUCUAUCAGGAGGUCUAAAACAUGGAACCAGUGGAGAAAUGGAACAAAGACUUGCUCGUUCUCAAGCUUCUGAACAACAAGUUGAACUCAAAGGGAAAUGGGACCAAAGGAAUGAUAGCUAAGAACCUCCUACAAAUAUUGAAGAUCCGUGACUGUUUACCGCUCUCCGCUCCUCAUUCAGAUUGUGGUGCAGGUUCAUGCCCAGAUUUGGGAAUGAGUAGAAGCGAGAGACCAGGUUACAAACACAUAACCAUGACCUCCACCCCCAAGCUCCCGGUCCGGUCACACAGACCCCUCUGUCUAUCGGUCUCCUCGGAUGGAAACGGGCGAUACGCAGCUUUGGAAUCUCAGGAUUUUAAAAGCAGCCUGAAAUCCCAGAUGGACAAGGCUUACACUACUGGAGCCUCUAGCAGCACGGGAUCUUUGGAGAGAGCUUCGCUCUUUUGCGCUUCUGGGUCAACCUCAACGACAUCAAAUUUAACGGGUUCCAACGAAGCCCUGGCCAAGACCAAGUCUUCCAGCAGAUUCUCUCUGUUCUCAGCGCCUUGGAACAGCAGCUCGGAGUCUGACUCCAACCCGCCCUCGAGGACCGGCUCCAAGAGACUCAAGAACCACAGCCGCAAGACGGCGAACAAAACGGACAGUCCAAAGGACAGCAAGCGCGGCAUCCCCAAGCAGCUACAGUACUCUGAGCCCGUCAUCGCCAAGGUGACGGAGUACAUUUACGUGGGGAAUGUGAACGCCGCCUACAGUGGACGCGUCCUGUGCAGAAACAACAUCGAUAGCAUCAUCGACAUGAGCAACCUACCCGAGGAGUCCAACAUGUCCCUCAUCCCAUGCACCUGCACAAAGAACGUAAAGCACAGCUGGUCUCGACUCAAGGUCAACAUCAGAGAGUUCUCCAACGAUGACGUGUUCCCUCUGAAGGAACAUUGCUUCGAGGACAUUAACGGCUGCAUCAGUGCAUCAGCGGAGAAACAGAAGCGAGUCCUGGUUCACUGCCGGGAUGGGUACUCCUUGGCACCGACUUGUAUCAUACAGUUCCUCAUGUUGAAACAAAACAUGCAUCUCUUGACAGCGUACGAAUUUGUGAGAUCCAAGUAUCCUCUCAACAUCAAGGAACACCAUCAGAAUCUCUUGGUGACGCUGGAAAAGUCUCUCAGACCAGGCAAAACGGACCCCGAGUGUUUUAAACAAGCUCUGUCUCGAAAGAUAGCUUGGACUUAAUCCCAAACGCUUGUAUCUUCACAGCCUGGUCCAAAUAAAUGCCUUAAAGUUUCCCCUCACAGAGUCAAUUAAUCAAAAGUUGGAAACUGGAAACAAUUGCCUGCAACUUUGCUUGGCUUGAAUAUUUUGUUUCGGGUACAAAACUUGGACAUAUGUGUCCCUUCCUGGGGCAUUUACAUACACUUUUAUAAAUUGUCCCUUGGUUUCUUUCUGCAUUGAAUUUUUCCCUUAAUUUAUUUGUUUAAUUUUCCAAAUGGAAUAAAUAAAAGAGUGAUGAAUGAUUGGAUUGAA